UUUUUAAUUCAGUUUUUGAAACUUAUAACGGUAGACGAACGAAAUAUUACAAUCGCGUUUCUUUCAAAUUGUAAUUAUGUGUCGAGAGAGUAAGAGUGAGAGGAAGGAAGAGUAAAUUGGAACAGUUCAACUAUUGACCAGUCAAUAAACUUGAAUCUUGUUCGCAGACUUCGUGCUGCUUACUAGUCGACCCCCUAUGAACUCCAGAGAAAUUAAUAAUAAAAAAAAAAAAAAGACAAUGAUAUUUUUGAUUUAUCACCCUGUUCAGUCAGACUAAUUUUUAAAAAUUCUGUUGCGAGUACUUGUCCAGUUUUACUUUCAUACAGACACAGUUAAUACCGUGUGUGUAUCAGAUGGACCGUUAAGAAUCUUCUGAUUCUUGGAAACUUGGAUGCUUGCUUGAAUGAAUUCCUUUUAUAUUCAUAUUGGCUCACUAAUUUUGGAAAUAAUGUAUGUGAAAUAUUAAAGAAGAUCUUUAUAUUGAAAUGAUUUAUGUACUUUGUAAAAAAGAAAAAAAAAAGAAAAAUAUUAAGAACCUUGAGAUAAAACUUUCAAUUUUCUACAGAAACCACAUUCUCAAAAUUUUAAAGGAAGGAAAGAACUAAUUCAAAUUUUUAAUAAAUACCCAAGACAUUGGAAGGAUUUAAUUGAGAAGAUGAGCUAGCUACUUGAGCUGGAAGUGUUGUAAGAUAAACAUCUAUUUGGCUUUGCUUUUGUCUUCUAAUACGGAGUUAAACAUGUCUGCAGCUUCAAAUAAUAGGAAGAGAAAACGACUUUCAAAUGCUUCAAAUAAAGAGAACUCGUUCUGUGAUUUAAAUGUCUCUAAUUCAGCUGUUAACAACAACUUGACCUCUUAUUCAUUUGAAUGCCAUAAUACAGCAAACUUCUGUGAAUACUUUGAGAGGCCACACUCUUUCAACUUUUUCCCAGCUGAUUUAGUUAAUAGGGAACCACCCUCCUACUAUGACGAAAGUCAACUUCAAAAACGGCGCAGAUUAUCUAUUACUCAACUACAAAGACCUCCAGAUAUUCCACCACUCUUUUAUCAAAAAGUAGAAGAAAUUGUCCAUUCAAUUGAAGUCAUUCACGAGAAUGUUCUUUUUAACUUGAUGCAAAUGAGGAACAUGAAAAUGGAUGAGAUGAGCUCAAAAUUCAAUACAUUGGCAGAAGAAGGACCAGUUAAUCCCGAAGCAAAUAAUCCACAGCCAAGCAAUGAUUAUUUUGCUGCUCAGUAUUUUUAUCAGCAGUCAUUGAAAAAUGAUUUUUCUGCUAAGAUGAAUGCAAUUGCUAAUUUCUAUAGUCAGCAUAAAGAUCGUCUUACAUUCCAAAUUAAUUGUAUCAUGCAGCAAAUUAGAGAUUUCUCUAUGUUCUCAAAUGAUUCUAUGAGUAUCCAAGUACCUGUACCGAAAGGGCCAUGUUCCACAAAUGACUAUUUUCUGUCUUAUGAUUUAAUUACACUUCCUUUUUAUAUGGCAGCUGAUUUUAUUAAAGAGGAAUCAAUAUACACAUCUUAUUAUCUACACAUGUAGAGUGAAUGAUUU